ACCCUGGUGAUCGACGAGGCCGAUAGAAUGCUGGACAUGGGCUUUGAGCCGCAGAUACGUCGCCUUCUGUCGACGCGAUACGGUAUGCCACAGGCCCGAGAUCAUGAACGUCAGACCUCUCUCUUCAGUGCUACCUUUCCUCAAGAAGUGGUACGUCUAGCCACCAAUCUUUUACGGGGACCCGUUUGCUUGUCUCUCAGUAUUUCCUCCGAAUCAUCGAACAAUAUUAUUCAAGUUCCUCGCUGGGGAGGCACAUCAGCCCGUACAAGUCCCUUGCAGGAGUUGCGUGCGCUUGAAGCACGAAUACCGGUUGAGAUUAUUCAGUCAGUUGAAUUAAUCCGCGCUAAGAAUAAUGCACCCGCAGAUAGCACGUUGGACAGUUUUGACUUUCAGCCUACUGGAAAUAUGGCGAAUUACGACAGAAGGCCUCGCGUGGAGAGGCAAAUCCUUCUUAAGCGCAUCGUAGAUCUAUAUCAGGGAAAUCUGAAAAAUAAAGGCAUUCUUCGCAUCAUAGUAUUCUGCAAUACCAAACGAGAUGUCGACUGGGUCGAAAGCUAUCUCUACCGAGCUGGAGUUGCAGCAGCGGCAAUACAUAGUGACAAAUCGCAAAUGCACCGUAACAAAACCGUUAAUGGAUUCCGAUCCGGCUCUAUCAAUGUCCUUGUCGGAACUUCCUUUCCCUGUUUAAACUCAAUAAUGAAAUCAAAAACACUCGCCGACGAACUUCUGGCUUGUGUCAGGCUUCAGCGCCGACUGUCCCUUGCUGUUGCAGCUUCAGACCUUAGUCAAACCUGUGUUGCUUCUCGCGGACUUGACUUUCCCUCAGUGGACUUGGUCAUCAAUGUAGGACUACCAACAAGCCUUCCUGAUUAUGUACAUCGCAUUGGACGUACCGGACGACUCGGUCAGCAGGGCAAAUCCAUUACCCUCGUUACCGAAUCUGAGCUGACCUUGGAACCGGGAAACUUUUCUUCUUGGUAUGAGCCGUGUCUCUCAUGUAUUAAUCCCGAAUACCCACCAUAA